AUGAAAGCGCAACAGACAACGGCAGGACCACAGGAACACGACCACACGACAACUGAGCGGGACUGGAUUUGAGGACAGGGGCAGGAACAUGGACAUGGACAUGCCGGGAGUGGUAGUGGGAGUGGGGGGACAAGCAUAAGAGCUGGAGAUACAGGACAACUAAAUAGGCGAACCGCAAAAACUCAUCGUCAAGGAGCGACAGAUACGGCCAGGGAAAAGUGGGAAAAUAGAUGGGGAAUCCAACUAUGCAGCCAUAAUAAAAUUCACGGGAAUAGAGAUGAAAGCAGUGAGCGAGCACAGUCGUCCGUAGGACCUCGAGCCGAUGCCGCAUCCGGGUCCGGAUUGCCCCACCCGGCGUCCCCGGAAAGGAGGAGUCGCUCGAAUUGCGGCUGGGGCUGUCACUUAGCGCGUGACAUGUGUCAAAACAAGCGGCAACCGCAGCGAGACCGUGACCAGAGCCUCCGAGCCUGCUGCACAAGUGCAUCGCCGGCUUCGUCCUGGGAGUGCUGUUAA